UUGCUUCGAGCAUCAGCCCCCCCCUCCUCCCCGGCCGCGGGGGCUGCGCGGGGGGUGGCGGAGCUCGGCGGAGGGUCCGCGGCUGCUCCGCGGCUCCCGGCGGGGCGGGCGGCCCCCGUGCGGGGGUGUGCGGUGUGUGGGGUGGCGGGAGAGGGAUGCUGUGUAAUUUUAUCCACGCUGCACUCUGGGAGUUCACACGAGACUGAUACCUUUUGCCUCCUCUGCUCUUUAUCAAUUGGUCGCAGAUCAGGCUAUUGUUGCAGGAAGCUGCUUUUAUUUCUAUGCUCCGUCGAUCAACUAUUUUCCCCCGCAGUCUCUUGCAGAAAUUCAGCGGCUCUCUCCCUCCCUCCCUCCUUCCUCCUGCCUGUCUCUCACGCAUGCCGUCUGUCUAUCUGGAAACCCAAGGAGAAGGCUGAUCACGGCAGCUCCAUCUAAUACAAACAGCUGGGACUCUUCGGUGGCCUUUGCUGAUGUCUAUUGAUUUAAGUAAAUCUGAGACAGAUAAAAGGGCAGGAUCGAGGCUUGAUAAAAUCUUGCCAAUGCUGCACGGCUCGAAACAGAGUGUGCUCGGCAACUACGGAGUGCUGCGAGCAGGACGGCUUUGAUGGGACCCCUGGUGCCACUCGCUGCGAGCCUCGCUCUCCCCAGCAGACCAAGCGCUGCGGCCAUCAUGCCACAAUGGUCAUAACUUGGAUCUUGUUCCUGAGUUUGUUGCAGGAGCCGUGGUGCCCGGGGCGGGCCUCAGGGGUGCCCGGAGCCUCCCCGAGCGCCCCCCGGCCGCGCCGGGAUGCGGGGGGUCGCGGCGGCGUCUACGAGCACCUCGGGGGAGCGCCCCGGCGCAGGAAGCUCUACUGUGCCACCAAGUACCACCUCCAGAUCCACCCCAGCGGCAGGAUCAACGGCACUCUGGAGAAGAACAGCGCCUUCAGUAUUCUGGAAAUAACCGCUGUGGACGUUGGAAUCGUUGCCAUCAAGGGCUUGUUCUCUGGCAGAUACCUGGCCAUGAACAAAAGGGGCAGACUUUAUGCAUCAGAAAACUACAACUCGGAGUGCGAGUUUGUGGAGAGGAUCCACGAGCUGGGGUACAACACCUACGCGUCCCGUCUCUACCGGACCGUGCCCAGCAGGGCCGGCACCAAGCGCAAAGCCGGCGCCGAGAGACUCUGGUACGUCUCCGUCAACGGCAAAGGGCGACCCAGGAGGGGCUUUAAAACCCGCAGGACACAGAAAUCCUCCCUCUUUCUGCCCAGAGUGCUGGACAACAAAGACCAUGAGAUGGUCCGACUGUUCCACACCAAUGGGAAGUACCGGGAGAGCCUCCUGAGGGCCCCGAGCAAGAACCAGCGGAGGAGGAGAGGACACUGAUGGGGUGGGGGGGAGAGCUUGUGCUGGGGAUGGAAGUGACUGGGAGUCUUCAAAACACUGCUAAAAAGAACUAACAGCUGUGAUGGUACGACAGGCGUGAACACGGACAGUUUUUAUUACGCUGCGUGAUUAGAACUGAAAAUCACAUCCCUUACUUUUAGUCGUUGUAGGAUUAGCACCCGUGGUAAAAGAGAUGUGAGGUGAACUGAGGCACGUUCAAAUGUAAAUUAGUUGGAUGUAAUAAUUUUGUCAAUGGCUUUCACAUUUUCUUUUCUAAAAAAAAAAAAAAAUUAUAUAUAUAUAUAUAUGACUUUCAUUUCAAGUAUUUUCAUUCCAACUUGCCACAGGUGCUCAGUGGUCCUGUCCUUCCAGAGCAUGGGAGUAUUUUACACCUGCCAAAUUUGUGUCCACAGAGAAGGUAUAGCACUUUCAGGGCUCUUUUGGCCAGAAGAAGCUACAUCCUUACUUUUAUUUAAUACAGGAGUUAGAAA